AGAAGAAGGUGCCUUACCACGCAGGCGCAAUCUUAGUGACAUUACCGUGUUGAGUGUGUUGUGCUAAAAAUUAAUAGGUGGAGAAUAUUUUUUUUGUAUUUCCGUUAUUCUGACUGGGCUAGAUAACGGUGCACUUUAAAUGAAGGCGCGUGAAUAACAGACUGCUGCAAACAUUGGGAUAUAAAGUGCUUUUUGGCUGCCUUCAAACCGACGUUGAGCGAGUAAAGUGAUGCAACAUGGCAGCAGCGGCUGCCAAUAGGGGCUUUCUUUCAGCAUUAAGGACUCAAAGUUGGGGUCAGACCCGAGGACUUAACUCGUUAGCUGAGAGGACAACCAGUCGUGUCUCUGCUGUGAUAUGUAACCAUGAGGCUGCAGGAGGACACACAAGCCUGGACAGGAGAGCUCAAGCUGGGGAGAGAAGAAGAAGAAACGGUCGGGACAGCAACAGAAGCUCCUCUUUGCUCACCUCUGUGUCGGUGGGUUUGGGGCUCUGUGGUGCGGUGCUUCUGGACACUGAAAAAGACCAAAAGGGGGACAAAGAAUUGGCAAUAUCCCGGGGAUUUCUCCAGCACAUCCUCCCAUCGGCUCAGUGCGCUUCUCCCUUCAAACCAGACAGCCCCCGAUUUAAGUACAACUUCAUUGCAGAUGUGGUGGAAAAAUCUGCUCCAGCUGUGGUGUACAUUGAAAUCGUGGGCAGACACCCGUUCUCAGGACGAGAGGUCCCAGUGUCAAACGGCUCCGGUUUUAUCAUCAGCAGCGAUGGUCUCAUCAUCACCAAUGCCCACGUUGUAGCCAACAAGCGAGGCGUCCGUGUGAAGCUCACCAAUGGAGAGACGUACAAUGCCAUCGUGCAGGAUGUCGACCCUGUGGCGGACAUCGCCACCAUCAAAAUCUCUGCAAGGAACCCGUUACCCACUCUCACACUCAGCCAGUCGUCUGACAUCCGACAGGGAGAGUUUGUGGUUGCCAUGGGAAGCCCAUUUUCGUUACAAAAUACAAUCACAUCGGGGAUUGUCAGCUCAGUGCAGAGAGGCAGUAAGGAGCUGGGCCUGUCCAACUCCAACAUGGAGUACAUACAGACCGAUGCAACCAUUGAUUUUGGAAAUUCUGGAGGUCCCCUCAUUAAUCUGGAUGGUGAAGUCAUUGGUAUAAACACCAUUAAGGUUACCGCUGGCAUCUCCUUUGCAAUUCCGUCUGAUCGUGUGAGGCUUUUUCUGGAGAAAGCAGCCAAAAGAAAAAGCACUUGGUUUCAUAAGGAUGAGACGAAGCAGCGGUACAUUGGUGUUAUAAUGCUGACACUGACGCAGAGGAUCAUUGCUGAGCUGAGGUUGAGAGACUCAUCUUUUCCAGAUGUGACUCACGGUAUCCUGAUUCACAGGGUAAUCAAGGGCUCUCCAGCUUACAGAGCUGGCAUGCAAGCCGGAGACAUUGUGCUGGAGAUAAACGGGGCCAAGGUGAACACCUCAGAGGAGAUCUAUGAGGCCGUCCGCAGCAGCGACAAAAUCACUAUGCAGGUGCAGCGAGGACAAGAGAUACUCCACCUUCACAUAACUCCCGAUUAUAUAGAUUAAUGCAAACUGCAUUAUUUCAUGUCAGCCGCUGGACAGAAUGAGUUGUUAGCUUGUGUACACCAGAAAACUGUGAAACCUUACAGUGACUGUGUUCAAAAGAAAAUGUUUGCCGUUUAAUAAAUUAGAUUUUAUGUAAAAGUUUUCUUAUAUUCUCCAGUAUUUCACUAACAUUUGGAGAGGUGUCAGCUUACAGUGAACGUGUAGGCAUUUUAGCCAUAGUAAGUGUUACCUGUUUAAAACUACACUGGUGCAGUCUUCAUGGUGCCAUUUUUCAUUAAAUGAUAAAAGCCAUGCUCACUGUUUAUUCACGGAGGGGUUCUUAGUGAAUUCUACCUCUUCUUUCUUACUUAUUGCUCAGAGUAGCCAAACUUGUGUCUCUUGUAAUGAUUUGUGUCCAAAAUGCAUUAUUUGUAAAAUAAAAGCUCACGGAGCCUGA